AAGUAUGACGUGGUUUUGGACCAAGACCAUUUCGAACUGCUCCUCUCGCAACAUACUGCUCCUCCUCCGUCGACGAAAGCAGCUGAAUGUAACGCAAUUCGAGUGGCGUUCCCGCCUCACACAAUCGUUAAAGAGCGCUCAUUUUGUGUAUGCCAUCCAAUGUCUGCACCUCUGUCGACAUCGCGUGGAUUCCUUUGCGAGCAAUGUGGUGCUCGACAUUGUUCCUUACCAGCCGAGUGCCGUGUCUGCCGAAUGACACUCGUUGCCGCCCCGCAACUGGCUCGAGCAUUUCGACACUUGGUCCCGCUUCCUGCCUUCACACCUGUUUCAGUGACCGAGGGUGAAUGCAUGGCAUGCGAAGAGCCACUCUCAGGCGAAGGUUUCGCUUGCAAAUCAUGUGAAGCGAUCUUCUGCUUCGACUGCGACAUACUUCUCCAUGAAAGCCUCCAUGUUUGUCCAAACUGCGUUUAA